AUGGGAGGGCCUCCUGAAACAGGAGCACCUAGAAUCUGUGGAGCGGACCGAGGGAGCUCAAGGCCGAGGGUGCCCAGUGCUGGUGACAGAGGUCUCUGCCAUCGCCCCCCCUCUUUCUCUGCAUCGGUUCCGUAUACCUGCUUCCCAUUUUGGAGGGAGCUCUGGGACGGGAGGCUGCAGGUGGGCUGGGCAGUGCUUCAGAGCAGCGCGAGUGGGGGGGAAAAGGAGUCAGCGAUACCCCUGGCUGGAUGCGUCGCCCAGCUCUUCCUGUACCUUGCUUUGGGGACCACAGAGUUUGCAUUACUGGGAGCGAUGGCUGGGGACCGUUACGUGGCUGUCUGUCACCCUCUGAGGUACAACAUCAUUAUGAACAGCCACACGUGCAUCUGGGUGGUAAGCGUGUCAUGGCUGUUUGGGUUCCUUUCUGAAAUCUGGCCAGUCUAUGCCACGUUACAGCUGACCUUCUGCAAGUCAAAUGUGCUAGACUGUUUUUUGUGUGCCUGAGGGCAACUGCUCAAACUGUCUUGCAAUAAUACUAUUUUCAUAGAGUUUAUUCUCUUCUUAAUGGCUGUUUUCAUUAUCGUUGGUUCUCUGGCACCAACAGUUGUCUCCUACACGUACAUCAUCUCCACCAUCCUCAAGAUCCCCUCGGCCUCUGGCCGCAGGAAGGCUUUCUCCACGUGUGCCUCCCACUUCACCUUUGUGGUGAUCGGCUAUGGCGCCUCUUUCCUCUACGUGAAACCCGUGCAAACGCAGGCAGCCGAGUACAAUAAGAUAGUCUCCCUGCUGAUUUCUGCGUUAACCUCUUUCCUGAACCCUUCCAUCUUCACCCUCCGAAAUGACAAAGUCAAAGAGGCCCUUCGGGAUGGAGACCGAUGCUCUGAGCUGUUCAGGAACUAG